CACCGAAACUUUGCGUCUGAUCUGCAUUUGUACUCGAUCUCCUCCUCCACGUCGGCCGCAGUACUCUCCGUCGGUCACGGGACGCGGCUAGCUCACCAGCCAUGGCUGUCCACGACGAGCCGCUGCACAUCCUCUUCUUCCCGUUCCUGGCCUCCGGCCACCUCAUUCCGAUCGCCGACAUGGCCGCACUCUUCGCCGGCCGCGGCGUCAGGUGUACCAUCCUCACCACGCCCGUCAACGCCGCCAUCAUCCGCUCCGCCGUCGACCGCGCCAACGACGCCUUCGCCGGCGCCGGUUCCCCGGCCAUCGACAUCGCCGUCGUGCCUUUCCCCGACGUCGGGCUCCCGCCGGGCGUCGAGAACGGCACGGCCCUCAAGUCCCAGGACGACCGCGACAAGUUCUACCACGCGGUCAGGCUUCUCCGGGAGCCCUUCGACCGGUUCCUGGCCAACCACCGCACCGACGCCGUCGUUUCCGACAGCUUCUUCCAGUGGUCCGUCGACGCCGCCGCGGAGCGCGGCGUCCCGCGGAUCGCGUUCCUCGGCAGCAGCAUGUUCGCGCGCGCCUGCAGCGAUAGCAUGCUGCGGCACAACCCGCUGGAGAACGCCCCCGACGACCCCGACGCCCUCGUUUUGCUGCCGGAGCUGCCGCACCGCGUCGAGCUGAGGCGGAGCCAGAUGAUGGACCCGCCGAAGAUGCCGUGGCACUGGGAGUUCUUUAAUAGCAUGAACGCCGCCGACCAGAGGAGCUUCGGCGAGGUGUUCAACAGCUUCCACGACCUCGAGCCGGACUAUGUCGAGCACUUCCAAAAGACGCUCGGCCGGCGCGUGUGGCUCGUCGGGCCGGUGGCGCUCGCCAGCAAGGACAUGGCUGUGAGAGGCACCGACGUGCCCUCGCCGGACGCGGGCAGCUGUCUCCGGUGGCUGGACGCCAAGCCGUCCGGCUCGGUGGUGUACGUCUCCUUCGGCACACUGACCAAGUUCGCACCCGCGGAGAUGCACCAGCUCGCCCGCGCCCUCGACCUCUCCGGCGUUAACUUCGUGUGGGUGAUCGGCGCCGCCGCAGGCCAAGACUCUUCGGAGUGGAUGCCCGAAGGCUUCGCCGACCUGAUCGCGAGCGGCGACCGCGGCUUCAUGGUCCGUGGCUGGGCGCCUCAGAUGCUGGUCCUAAGCCACCCCGCCCUCGGCGGGUUCGUGACACACUGCGGCUGGAACUCGGUGCUGGAGGCCGUGACCGCCGGCGUGCCGAUGGUGACGUGGCCGCGGUACGCGGACCAGUUCAACAACGAGAAGCUCGUGGUGGAGCUGCUCAAGGUGGGCGUCAGCAUUGGCGCCAAGGACUACGCGUCAGGCAUCCAGGCCCACGAGGUGAUCGCCGGCGAGGUGAUCGCCGAGUCCAUUCAGAGGUUGAUGGAGGGCGACGCCAUCCAGAAGAAGGCCAAGGACCUCGGUCUAAAGGCAAGGAGCGCGGUGGAGAAGGGAGGAUCCUCGUACGAUGACGUUGGCCGGCUGAUGGACGUGCUGACGGCCCGCCGGAGCUCCGUCAAGAUUGGAGAAGACAUCCAGGCCAGCUGAUUGGUAUUGGUCCGACGCAGUGGCGGAGCUUGGCUGACAUAACAAGGGGUAAAUAGGCAAAUUAUAAAACCAACAUUCGGCUUCGUCUCUGCUACGCCGACAUGUUCUCCGGUGUCGAUGGGAAGCCGGUGGAGUCAUGCACAGGAGUUCUCGGGCCGGCAUUGGUCACCCGUGCGGUGGCCGCGGCGGCUGGCGAGAGAUUUGGUGGCCCGGCACUCGGGUGGUGGUUUGUGUUGGCAGAUCUGGUGAUUCUCCCUCGACUUCAUCGAUCGGAGGUGCCGGAGCUGGAGCCGAGGAUUUGCACGGGACGUUCCUUGGUCGACGUGCCACAGCGGUUACGCCUCACCGUUCACGAUGGAGCUCAUCUUCGACUCAGAAAGCCGUCUCUGGCGAUGGUGUGCCCUUGGUUUAGGGCUUGGUGGUUUCCGGUUUCUUCCGUUGCUGUUCGGCUCGACGGCGGCAGCGGCUGGUCUUGGCUCUUUCUGCGUUAAGGCCCCCCGGGACCGGAUUGUACUUUCUCUUUCUUUGGGGGUCUUUUUGCAUUUAUGUUGGCACACCUGCGGUCUCGCGGCGAUGUUGCGUAUGUGCUAUGUU